UUCAGAUGGCGUGUGUAUGUGCGUGUGCCUGCCUUCUGAGUGUGUGAGACGAGCUGGGAUCAUGAGCCAGGGUUGUUCCAAGUGGUUUUAAUCAGCAGCCCAUUAGAGGAGAACGGAAAACUUCUAACAGGAUAAGAACCGAGUUUUUCCCGUACCCCCAUGGGAGGGCACUUCCCGAACCUCUGCUCCCCUGGAAACCCUGACUUCUUGCCAGGCACCAGGAAAGCGCUCAGCAGCAGAAAUGGGGAAAACCCUCGUUAGUUUUGGGUAAGGAGUGCUUUUGACUUUUUUUUACCCUGGCACGACGUGGCUACUUGGACUGCAUCUGCAAUGUGGCAAAGGGUGAAGUGAGGACGGCAAAGAGGCCAUGGUUUGUGGGCAAGUCCCCAGGUGCCGCAGGCUUUGUCGCCCUCGUCCCUUCCUUCUGGCCUUGGUGGUGGCCAUCUGCCUGUUCUGCCAGACCCUGACCCCACUCAUGACCAGCAGCAUCCUUUCGGCAGUCGUUAAUGGGAUUGCACCCAGCAAACUGACUAAAACACAGCAAGGAAGAUACAAGGAGGUCUCCCCAAGCACCACUCACUGCUUCCUCCCUGGCGGUAAUUCACAGACAGUGAAAAAGAUCGAUGACUCCAUUCUCCAGUACUUUGGAAGCCAUACGAGAAGAGCAGUUCUGUACGCACCUCCUGCCCACCAUGAAACCGAGCGUCAGCUCUGUCAGCGCAUCCUGGCAAAGCAUGGAUAUACAGUCACAGUCCUUGAAAACAGGAGAUUGGUGGAAGAUCCCAGGCGUGAGGCCCCUUAUCACAGUCGUAUAAGCCCUUGGGAUCUUUUGAUCUGCUUAUCUCCCAGAAAAAACGAUGGUACUGGCUGCAUUCAAGUAGAUGACUGGCAUCAUCUAGAGUUAUUCCAAAAGGUAAACCUACUUCCAGAAAUCCAGCAUUUCCUUUGCAGAAAAGAGGGAUUAUGCCAGAUCACAAAAGCUUUUUCAGACCUGCAGCUCCCAGUCAUCACCCCAGAGUGCUCCGGCCAGCCUGGGCUGUCAAGGGCCAGCACCGCAAGCAACACGUCCCAGGGCGGCGAAAGCACUGACAAGACACGUACUGCCCGUCUGCGGUACUGGUGGAAGCAGAGCAGCAGCACACAGUUGAAUCAAGUGUCAGCUUCAUCAGACCACAAGGACAUCCUUAAAGCUCAAGACCUUUCUGUCAUCAUCAAAGCAUAUGUGCUUGUGACAUCCUUAACGCCUCUGCGGGCAUUCAUUCAUUCAACCACCACUGUCUGGCAUCCACCCAAGAAGAAGCACUUUUCCGUAAAGCUGCAAAGGUUUUUUGAGAUAUUCUUCAAAAGCAGUUCUCCCCAACAAGCCUUCAACAACAUGAAGGAAGCUAUAACCAAACUUCUACUUAUAACUGAGGUCUUCAGUGAAUCAUCUGCCUCAGGACCAAAUUCUUUCAACCGAUGCAGCCAAUGUUUUCAAAUGCUAACCUUUGACAUUGGAUUCGGCGCUUCCGUAUACCCAGUAGUUCUUGAGGUGCAUGAAAAUUUUGACUUUCAAGAUGAGGAUGAAUCAAAUAUUCAGGACCAAACUUUCAAAGAAUUUCUUUUUGAAGAUACUUUUAAAUUUCUCUUAUCUAAUGAAUCCUCAACAUCCAGUUUCAUAGAAGCCUUACAAAAAAUAUAUGGGUCAACUGUGAGCAAGGAUGGAACUUACCACAGAGAAGAUGAGCAAUGUUUGUCUUUAGAGGAGAUAAAUUCAAUGAUUACUUUCAUAAAGGAGCUGAAGAGUCUUGGACAAUUUAAGCUGCUUUUCCCUUCUGCUGCACCCGAGAUUCAAACUUUACUGCGCGACCUUUAUCACAUGGUAGACCCAAUGAGGCGGCUUGGUUCAGUCCUGACUGUGCAUUGGUUGCUUUCCAGUUUACUUGAACAAUUCCAGUUCAUGACUAAAGAAGCACGUACAAAUCUUACAGCAUGGAAUUCUUCUCAAGAAAAUGCGAGUCCUAAGCAGAAUGUUCCUUCCGACUUUAGGAAGAAUCAUGAAGCAUUGCAUUAUUCCAGUAAGACUAAAGAAAGACAGUGCAGUUAUGAUAAAGAUACCCUAUCUCAUAUCAGGCAGAUCUUCACCAGUCCACAGCUGGACUUGAAUCCUCAGUUUAACCCAAAGAUCAAAGAAUACUACGCAGAAGUCCCAUUUGACAUGGUGACAGUGAAGAUAGGAGCAGAACCCUCUAACUGUCAAUGCCAAGUACAUCUUGAUGAGAAGAAAGGGCCAAGCAUUGCUAACUACCCCCUUGGCCUUGGAUUGAACAAAAUUGUUGUUCUUGUAACAGAUGAUUCGCAGCCCAUCCCUCAGGUUGUGAGCAGCUACAAAAUCGCAAUUUAUCGAGAGGACCGCCCUAGUCUGCCUUUGUUUGAUGAUUAUAUGAUGUGCGGGUUUGUGCAGGACUGUGGUUCUCGAAUUCGUCCAGAGGAAUCCUGUGGCUUGCAGCCCCUGUCUCGUGAAUACCUCUCAGCAAUUUCACAGACGAUGUUUAAGACCUGUGAAGCUGGAGACACAAAAGGGCAGUGGAUUGUCCCUUGCCUCAGCUGCUCUGACAAUAGGACCUGUGACUGGAGAGAAAUAACAUGGCAGCCCCACGGCUGCCGAUACUCUGUGCUCGCCAAGCCUGAGCUCCAGCGCUGUGUGGAGGGCAGAAAGAUUCUUUUUAUAGGUGACUCAACUAACCGAGGGAUGAUGUACUAUCUAAUAGAAAGAGUGAAUAAGACUCUUCAGGAAUGGCAAAAGACUCAUGAUGUUAAAUGUUACCAUAAUAUCAAUGAGGGGAAAACCUUUAUCAGUUACUCCUACUACCCCCAGUUUUGGAUGAAUGCAAACCAGAGACCAACUUUUGAAAAAGCACUAGAACAACUGUUGCAGAGAUCACGUCCCCUGGAGAAUACAGACCAGACCGUAUUAAUUGUAGGUGGCGUUCAGUGGCUUAAUUCCAAUCACCUGCAAAUUAUCCAAAAGGUGUUGAACAGGGAAAAUCUAUCAAAUAUCCUGGUAAUUAUCAAAUCCAUAGGGAUGGGCUUUCACCUCCCAGUGGAUGGAAUACAUUCUCUGUCACAGGCAGAAGUGCAAAACUUGUGGAAUGAAAACUUGGUUAUUCUGGAUACAGCAAAAAAUUUUGGCUAUGAAGUUGUUGACACCUUUGUCAUCACCAUGGGACGUUACAAAGAAUUCCUGCAAGGGAAGUGUGGCUGCCAUUUCCAUGAGGUGGUGAAAUCCAAUCCCUCUGAAGAAAGUCCGCACAUAACAAUGACGUUAUCAAGGCACUAUACACUGGGGAAAUAUUUCGGCAGUCAAAGCAAACCAUCACAACUGCAGGACUAUGCAACAAAUUCUCAGUCCCCAUACCAUGUCCGAGGUCCAAUAAAUCAAGUUUAUUCUGAAAUCCUUCUCAGCAGGCUGUGCAAGUAAGAGGGAGCUUGUCAGCACAUAGCGUCUCUUGGAUGAAGGGCUGGGACUAGAGAUCUGCCACUACCUGAGUGACAAUCGAAGGACCGUGGUGAAUUUAUGACACGCUAUUUAUGACAUGCUUCCUUGAUUGGCUGUGCACACAUCAACAGAGUUUGGGACAUGUGGCAUUUUUCCUAAAACUUUAUGGAAUCAAGAUAUGCCCUGGCAACUCUGUGGUGUCAAAAUGGAAGAUGGAGGGAUGCAAAGGAGAGAAGAGGGGAAGUUACUUGAACUGUUGCCAAAGGCUAGAACAGCUGUAGCUCAAGCAACUGUGUAUUAAUGAUAGUAAAGAGGAAGAAAUAUAUACACUUGAACGAUUUGGAAAGGACUGCUUUAGCUCUUCAGCACUAUCUAGUUUUCUAUUUAUAGAGACACUGUAAUGAUUGAAUGUAUUUAGAAACUGGCUACAUUCCAUUUUAAAGAGUUCUAUUUUAUAUGGAUGGGUUCCUUUCAAUAUCAAAACUUCUCUAUUUAGGCACUUGGUUUAUACAAUUUGAAAAUGUCUAUUAGCAUUUUACUGAUGACGCCAAGUUUUGAACUCUAGGGUUUUUAGUGAAAACACACCCCUUCUUUGAUGGAACAGAUGUCUACUCUAUUUUUUGCAUGUUCUAAAGCUAAUAUAGAGAUAGAUUACUCAAACUUGGGACCGAUUAUAACUGUUUCAAUGUAGCAUGUAAAUAUAAUGAAUAACCUUAUUUAUGGUCCCAGUUUAGGAGAGUAGCCAUAUGCAGGAAGACUUCCUAGAUAUGUGCUUUGGCAUCUUCCUUGGCCUGUAAGCCAAGCAAGUCUUCUUCCCACAUGGAAGUGCCAUUUUUUUAAUGAUUGUGUAUAAAAUACUUGCCAAUUUGUGAAGUCAGUACCACACACAGAAGAAAAAUCCCCUUUGCAAAAACACAUAAGAACUUUGGGGACUGGUUUUUAAUCUGUCAUGAUGAGUGUGUGAUGCAAUGUGAUGGGAGCAGAAUAUACUGCCUGCAUCUCCUGCUUGGCAGGGACAAGACCUUCUCUGAGCACUAGUUUCAUGCUGUAGCCCAGCUACAUCACCAGUGUUUGCAGAUCUAGUCUGGGCGAAACCCCACGGAGAGGCUCCACCACUGCAGGGGGCACCAGUUUGCCAAUCCCCUGCCAUCACGUUGACAGCACAUUCAUUCACAGCUGUGGUGCCCUGAUGGGAAACCAAAUGUGGUCCAGGCUUAGCAGCUGGGUGGUGGGUUAAUGGUGACACAGAGCAAAGCCCCCUGACACUGUUCUCCCUACAGAUUAUCCAGUUAUGGAUUUUUAUGAAUCCAGUCACAAAGUUGGCAAUCAGGGCACCCCUCUCUCCCACCAUCCACUACAGAAGGGAAUCGGAAUGAGGUAAUUACGAAUCUAAUGAAGGAUCCGCCGAGCUCUGUAACAUGCUUCCCCCUUCACAAUUCUGUAUUUAAUCCUCCACUAGCCUCUACUGCCUUUGGGAGAGGAAGCCUCAAUAAAUGUUAGGGAAGAAACAAAUUAUAGCACAGAACUAAUCAACAUCUUAUUGGCCUUAGGACCACCCAGAGGGGCUGCCCUGUAUAGAAGUAGGACUAGAAAUUCAUAACACCGCAAUUAGGAUUUGCCAAAGAUUCUUAAACUCAACACAGUCUGUAUCUCCAGCCAAAGUAUUGUGAAUUCUUGCUCCUUGAGAUAAGCUAUGUAGAGAUAUAAUGGCAAAUUCUCAUGCAAUAUGGACUUGAUUGGAGGAUCGUCAAAAAGAGGAUCUGGCGUAUCUAAUUCAGGAGGCUUUCCGCUAUAUUGACAAAGCUUCUAAUUUAGACAACGACAUUACAUUUAGCGAGACAGUGUGAAUAUUUCUGUUUCUCUAUGAUAUGCUGCUGCUAUGCUUACAGUAAAUGUCCCUGAAUUUCUAUGUAAGGUUUUCGCUGGCAUGGAGCUUUACGUGAAAGACGGGUCAGGAACUGUGCAUAAAUGCUGAAAAUGUCAGCAUUUGGUUUUGAGCAAUAUAAUUAUCUAAGAAAUAUAAUUGUAUGCAAAUUUUGUAAUAUAUAAUCUUGGGUCUGGAACUCCGGGGCUGCACAACCUUAGAGUUGAGGGAUUUAAUAUCAUGUCAUUAAUAUCACUAGCUACAAUGUGCAGCCAGAUGUCUUUGGUAUGAAAAUGAUCAAUGAUAGGUGUAUUACAAUUCUGCUUCUGUUAAUUUUUUUUUUUGUAGCUCACUUAAAUCCACAUGCUGUUACUGUUAUUGUUCUGUACACAAAUGUUUUUAAGGCAUGAACUGGGUUUUUGGUUUGUUUUUUUUUGAGUCAAAGCCUAUUGCUGAAGCAUCAGCUAUAUUGAUGGAAAGGAAAGAGCUGACACAUAUUGUAGCUGAUAUCAGCAAAUGUGCAAUUCAUCACUUCUGGUUUCACCACAAAAUGGUUUACAUGUGCUGUACACCCAGAUGUCUUAAUGUUUUCCGAAUCUUAAUAUUUUUCAAAUGUAUCAAGUUGAAAUUUUCCUGUGUGUUUUCUAUUUUUUACAUGUCUGUGUACAUAUAUAUGUCUGUACAAAGUUAUUGGUACAAUUCGCAAAUUGAUCUUUAUUUAAACAAGUUCUUUGAAUAAGCUUUGUUCCAACACUAUAUAUGAUCCAUGUAAUUUUAGGAAUAAACAAAGGGAAUGCAGACUAAAACAGGUACCAAGGUACAUUUUUCAUUUAACUUUCAAAUAUAUCUGGCAUCUAUAGGUAUGUGAAAGAAGAGAGUUGAGAUUCACAUGGAAACAUCACUCGCUUGAACACAUGAAAAUUUACAGCUUAAGACAAUAAAAGAACUAUAAUGUCUGAAUUCCAG